CGCUGCAGCCAUCUGCUACAUGUGUCUCAGCAUCAUGAAGAGAUUACCCACCCUGCUGCUGCUGCUGUGCUCGACGGCUCUGCUCUGCAGCGCUGCUCCAGCUGUGGAGCUGGUGACCUGCAGCGAGGAUGGAGGUGCUGCGGCGGCACGGAUGGCUGCACAUCACAUCGACGAGAACCACAACCAUGGCUACAAGUUCAAGCUGAGUGAGAUCAAAGGCAACAAAGUGGAAAAGGUCCAUGGCGGCUGUGAAAUCGAGCUACAGUUGGACCUUAUGGAGACAACGUGCCACACCAUCAACCCUACGCACUUUGAGGACUGUAUGAUCCGCAACGAUUAUGAACGGAUGGUGAUGGCUAACUGCUUCGUUUGGAUGAGUGUGAGAAAUGGUGACGCCAGAGUCCGAAAUUACCAUUGUGACACGCGAAAAGUGAGAACAGACCGUGAAUUUGGGAGCUUCUGCCCUGACUGCCCCACUAUAAUCUCACUUCAUGACACUGAGGGUUUGAAGUUUGUACAAGAAGCUGUGCAGAGAGUCAACAAGAACACCACCAAUCAGAACUACUUCAUCCUGAAGGACGUGGGACGGAUUGAUAUUGGGGCAUUGUUUAAGCCAUUAGUGAUCCAUGCACUGUGAGUAUGUUUUUGUCUAUCCCUGCAGGACAGUUUUUGUCAUAAAGUGAUUUAAAAAUGUUUAGAAAUGCAUCAUAUGCCUUGUCAAUAUCUCUCUCUCAAUUCUGAUUUAGUAAGUCAUUCUUAAAUGCAUUUAUGUUUUCUUCAGUUCUCAAUCUUUUGUGCAGGUCUCCCUUGAAAAAGAGAUCAAUGAUCUCAAUGGGAUUUCACCUGGAUAAAUAAAGGUUUUGAAUUUAAUUGAAUUGUAUUUGAAAUGGCUGGCGACUUUAGGUUUCUUAAAACUGCAGUGAUAGACAAUAAAAAAAAGGUAAAUGAUCACUAAUGUCAGUAGUCCACCUAUGUAUUGUUUUCCAUAAUGUUUGUGAAUAUGUUGUCUAUUCAUUAAUAGAAGCUGAAUGAGAUAUUCAGAAUGUGAAGUUAUUCUACUAGGUCUGGUGAAUUUAGGAUACAAACCCAUACUGUACAAUGUAUUGAUGAAGUCUUCCGUCAUGUUAUGCUUUUUUGGAUUCAACAGGUCAAUAUUGUAAUCCCCACAGAUAAACAUCAU